AUGCAGGCGGCCGUGAGCCCGUUCGUGUCGGGGAAAAUCCCGGGUCGUAAACGUGGUCGACCUCCGCUCCUGAGGAACCUCAUCAAGAUGGACUUCAGCCACCGUUACCAUGACAACCUGCCCAACGGGGCGCCCAUCAAAGUGCCCAAGAAGAGGGGGCGCAAACCGGGAUUCAAGCUCUCUCCUCCGAGCAGCAGCAGCACUCCAGAACCCGACAUGAGCUGUAUUCCUCAGGAUGGAGCCACUGUGCCUCACACUGCUGCGCCGCAACCGCUGACGGUGUGCAUCUACAUAAACAAACGGGCCGACACUGGACCAAACCUCGACCGGAAGAAGAUCCAGCUCCUACCGGACCAUUUUGGCCCAGACCGGCCCUCUGUUGUGCUGCAGCAGGCCGUGCAGGGCUGCAUCGACAGUGCAUUCCAACAAAAGAACGUCUUUACGCUUUUGACACAAGGAUACGGAGGAGAGAAGAUCUCAGCCACCUUCGACGGGAAGCAGCACCUGCUCAGCCUCCCGGUCGUCAACAGCAUCGACUACGUCCUGCGCUUCCUCAAGAAACUCUGUCGAAGUCUGAACUGUGACAACCUCUUCAGUGAAGAGAGCUACGGAGAGAGCUACUCAGAGGCUGAGGCCUCUGAUGAUGGGAAGCGCUCCGACCCCGGGGGAGACCCGUCCUUCUCCCAUAAACCCGGGGGAGACCCGUUUUCGCUGAAACCAGCGUACGGCUUCAGGUCGCAGCAGUUCAACAAGAGCCACAGCUCCUCGGGGGGGUUCCCCUCCCCCUCAGGAGGGUUCAGCCCUGGGGGAGGCAGCGACAACAGGACGGGAGUGGGGACGUACAGCGCGGCCCCAGAACCUCAGGACCCUCAGGACUCUCAGGACCCUCAGGACCCUCGGGACCUGCCAGGGACCCGGGUCCUGAGUCCGGAGCCUUCGUCCUGGAGUGUGGAGGACGUGGUGUGGUUCCUCAAACACAAAGACCCUCAGGCACUGGGUACACACGCAGAGCUGUUCCGGAAACACGAGAUCGAUGGGAACGCGCUGCUGCUGCUGAAGAGUGACGUCAUGAUGAAAUAUCUGGGUCUGAAACUGGGUCCGGCUCUAAAGCUGUGUUUCCACAUCGACAAACUGCGACUCCACAAAGUCUGA